GUUGUGUACGUCACCGUUGAGUGUGCUUUUGGGGCACGAACAUAGAAGAUGCUCACUGGACGGUUUUGGAAAACAGUUAGCACAGCUACAGAAAGUACACAUUCGAUCCACAGUCGUGAUAACAGCCGCGAUCUUGACAAAAUUGGAACGUGCCCCAAAUUCCCUACAACUCGAUAAAACUACCGGGAGAAUAUGGGAUAGACGUCUCUGCUCUCACAGUUGCCAAGUAUGGAUGUGUUGUUACAAGUGCAUGGGAUUUUAGUUCUGGUGUCGCGUGCAGUGAAUUUGUUAGUUGAUAUGAAGUCUAGAUAGUUUGUGAUGUAGGGGACUGAUCGUGACUCUUCGUUUUCCGCCAAAGAUGGAAAAAUCCCAGCUGACGAAUUACUUGAAUUCGUCGGAACACAUUCAAGAACAAACUUAUAUACAGGCACCAAACUACAACGUACAAUCACAAAAUUUCGUUAACAACCCUCCAAGCACAAUCUACUGUAGGUCUUCACCAAAUUCGUCUGGUUAUGUUUCUGUCAGUCAGCCACUUCACAAGAAAAAUUCGCUGAGGAACGGGGAUAUCAUCAAAAGAUCCAGAGGACAAAACACGUACGAAUUAUCCCAAGACAUUCUGGACAAGCAAAUUGAACUCCUGGAGCGCAAAUAUGGCGGUGACCGAGCACGUAUGGCCGCCCUUACUAUCCAAAGGGCCUUCAGGAGGUACACUCUGCUUAAAAAGUUUGCGGCCAUCACUGCAAUGGCGAAAGCAGAGAAGAGAAUCAGCAGGAGGUUGCCAGCUCCUAACGAAGAGAAUAAGGCAACUGGAAGCUCAGAACAGCAAUGUCCAGAGUAUUCCAGGGAGUUUCAGGCCCACAGGUGCAGCUCACUGAGGGCACUGCCUGUCAGGUCCAUCUCUUUGAGGGAACGGAGGCACAUUGACAAUAUGUCGAUUCCUAGGAGUCAAUCCGGUACCCCAAACGUCUGCUGGGAGAACUGUUCAUCAUCCUCCUUGCAACAUUACUAUUCUACGGCUGACAGUAAGCUGGAUGCCGGAAUCCAAGGUUCACACAGCGGACAUAGCAACCCACCUUCUUCGUCUAACGGGUACAUGCGAGCGAGGAACAGCCUGCCCAGCCGGAAGGUACCACCCGAAGUGCCCAAGAGGACUUCCAGCAUCUCCUCGAGGUCGGUGGAACCACGUAAAUCUAAUGGACUUACGAAAACAACUGAAAACGGUUCUCUUUCUAGCGUACAGAGUUCCGGCAGUGAUAGCAGCAUUUCCACUGAGCGGAUCCAGUGCGAAUACUCCAGUUCGCCAGUGUGGAAGCGAAAAGGCAACCAUGUAUCAGAAUACGCCGAACCUGCCCUGGAAACAAGCCUGAGCAAUAUUUCAGAUUCUAGCUUCUCUUCCUAUACUUUGGUGGAACGUACCAAUGACCAGCAAGUACCGCAAAGUUACAAAAUCUCAGAGACCAUCAGAAAGCGGCAGUACCGCGUAGGGCUAAACCUGUUCAACAAAAAGCCUGAAAGAGGAAUUUCUUAUCUUAUUAGAAGAGGCUUUUUGGAUAAUUCGCCACAGGGUGUGGCAAGGUUCCUGAUUUCCCGCAAAGGACUGAGCAAGCAGAUGAUCGGCGAGUACUUAGGACAAAUCCAAAGUCCGUUUUGUAUGGCUGUGUUGGAAUGUUUCGCCACAGAACUCGAUUUAUCAGGCAUGCAAGUUGACGUGGCACUCAGAAAAUUCCAACAGCACUUCAGGAUGCCUGGAGAGGCUCAGAAAAUCGAAAGACUGAUCGAGGUGUUUUCACAGAGAUACUGUCAGUGCAAUGUUGAUAUAGUCGCUAGACUCAGGUCACCAGAUACGAUCUUCGUGUUAGCAUUUGCCAUCAUAAUGCUGAACACUGAUCUCCACACGCCAAACAUCAAGCCAGAACGAAGGAUGAGAGUUGAGGACUUCAUAAAGAAUCUAAGAGGCACUGAUGACUGUGGUGACAUCGAUUCUGACAUGCUAGUCGGUAUUUACGAACGAGUCAAGGCGAACGAAUUCAAACCAGGCUCAGACCACGUCACUCAAGUGAUGAAAGUCCAAGCUACCAUUGUAGGCAAGAAGCCAAACCUGGUACUGCCACACCGUAGAUUAGUUUGUUACUGCAGACUGUACGAAAUUCCGGAUAUUAACAAGAAGGAGAGACCUGGAGUGCAUCAGAGAGAAGUGUUUUUGUUCAAUGAUCUACUUGUCAUUACCAAGAUCCUGAGCAAGAAGAAAUCGUCAGUGACGUAUACAUUUAGAAAUAGUUACCCCUUGUGUGGAAUGGUUGUCACCCUGUUUGAAGCACCGCACUACCAAUUCGGAAUACGUCUAAGUCAACGAGUAGAUUCAAAGUUAUUAGUAACGUUCAAUGCACGAAAUGAACACGAUAGGUGUAAGUUUGCUGAGGACUUGAAAGAAGCUAUCAGCGAGAUGGAUGAAAUGGAGAAUCUUCGAAUUGAAGCCGAACUAGAACGACAGAAAUCUAAUAGAGCUGGUAAUAGAACAGGAACUGAGAAUAGAGAUAGUGGAGUAGCCGACGUAGAAGUGUGUCCUUGCCAAUAUCCUUGCAUGCAAAACCAACCAAAUGCCAAUGAGAAUUGCACUGAAGACGCUCAACACGAUGCUACCAAAAUCAAGAGAUCUGCGCUUAGCAACUCGCUGCUAGAUAUACAUGAACAAUUUGUAGGAGAGAAGGCGCAACGCCGUGGGUCAGUGGGCUCUCUGGACAGUGGUAUGUCUGUCUCUUUCCAAUCAACGUCAGCAAGCACUUGUUCACGAUCAGAUAAACUUGCAGGGAAAACUAUUGUGGGAGGAAAGCCAGUGCCAGUAGCUCCACAUGGACACCAAGGCUUGUUUGGAGGACUGUUCAACAAAAAACCUGCACAGACCAACGCUGUCAAGUCCACAGAAGUCUAAGUUACACACCACGUGACUCCAUGGUGAUAGUAUCACUACAGAAUAUCUAGCACACAGCAGCUUAUUGUUAUCAAGGUCCAUCUGAACGUUGAGGCUGAUAUUCGUUUUGUAAAAAUAUAAUUGACUUUGGUAAGGAAGCCAUUAACAUUAAAGAAAAUUUGAAAAUUGAUAUUUCAGGCGUUUUGCAGCGUUUGCCAAGUCAUUUUCGCCUAAAAAUUCAACAUAAUUUUCAGGUAGGUAUAGUAGGCUGUUGUGUGUUUGGUAUCCUUUGGUAUCAUUAAGCGUGAAUUGUGAGAAAUUUCAGUGAUUAAACUAUUCUUAGCCCAGCGAGAGAACGCAAGUGGGGAAAUGGUGAUGGGUUAAUACUAAAAACACCCUCCACUGACAGGCUUUGACCAGUCAUGUACCUUUUAUCCUACAGUGUUGCUAUACCAUACUGCUUGAAAGCUCUUUUGCAUGUUCAUGACUUUAGCAGACUACAGUAGCUUAUAGCUAUUUAUUAAAAUGAAAAAAUAUACGAGAAUAUUACUAAUUACAGCUUAAGAGCUAUAUGUCAUACACAACGUCUGACAUCAUCACAUCCUGUGGCUUGCAUUCCCUCACUGAGCUGUUAAUACUUUUAGGUAUUUUUUUAUGAAUUUCGAGUGUUCUGAUUCUGUUCUAUGAUUGUUUCAGCAAAAUUUAUAGUUGUUCCUCGUUUUUGUUUCGAAAUACUUUAAGAAAUGUUUUAUAUUUUGUUUGAACAUUUUGUCUUUAAAUCGUUUUAUCUUGAGAAUACAUUUUGUUGCACCUUCUAUAAAAAAGUAACUCCAUAUAAAGUUCAUUGAUUCUGUCGAAAACCAGGAUUCUGAUCUUGUAUGGAACAGGGUGAUUUGUGGGAAUUUAUGGAUAAAUGUAAUUUCCAUAGUUUUCUUAUAGUUCCUAUGGAACUCUUUGUAAUAUAUAAGCCAGUAAUUAGCAAGGCUCUCCCCGGAAUAAGUGCGAUUUUUUGAUAUGUUGUACACGUCAACUUUUGGGAUAAGGGUCUGUAAGCUUCUUUAGACCUGAAAAUAACAUACUUUAAGUAAAUCGCAUUUAUGAAAUUUUUGCAUUUUAAUAUAUCGGUGUUCUAUUAUAGAUUUGAAACGGUUAACCUGAAAUUAAGUUAUUUUCAGGACCAAAAACCACCAUAUGAACACCCGUCCGUUCACUACCAUGUCGACGUGUAUAACAUAUGGUGAUAUGGCAUCUUACUUUUUGCCUUUAUUAGCUGGCUUAUCAAGCUCGUUAUGACCAGAAAAUAUGCUUCAAGUGCUGUAUGCCAAAGCUUAAAGCCUAUUCCUUGAAUAUCUUGUAUCUGCAGAUACUGAAAGAAAAAAAGAUGAAUAUCUAGUCAUUUUUGUCUACUUAAAUUCUUGAAAUUAAAGUUAAGGAUCCAUAAGGGGAUUGUCAACCCUGAAAAUAUAGUGAUUAAAUUUUUUUGCGCUUAAAUAUUUUAGAACAUGUGUGUUUUAAAAUUCCCGUCAACAUUUUCCUUUUCAUUUUAAAACUUGAUUGUUUUUUGAAAGUCCAAGUUUUAUUCAUUAUUUUCACAUAAGAGCAUGGUAAUGGUUAAUUUGUCAAGGAGUCAAAAACCUCUUACGGACCCUGAUCCUUUUAUUUAUAUCUUGUAAAUACUUAUAUGUAUAUUUUGUAUCAAUUUGUCUAUGGUCUAGUAUAAAGUAUUCAAUAUUCCAAAACCUAUCUGAGCUCUUUUCUUGUAAGAUCUGAAUCCAGUAUGAAGGGUCUUGUUUAUCUGCAGAUACCUGACUGACUUUCAGCAAAACUGACGUAUACGAUCAGUGUAUAAUCAUAAUGAGCAUUUUGUAUUUUUACCGAGGGUAUUAAACUAUUCAAAUAACCUAGUCUCUUGUGGCCGAUGUAUUAUAUUUUGGUCUACUGUCCAUGAAGAUGUCCAUCGCAAAUCUUCUUGCAUUUCUACCAGCGAAAUAAGGAAUUGUUUUGGAUUAUAGAUGAAUUAAUUUAAUAUAUUUUGUCAUCUAGAAUUAAAAUAUUUUGCAAAUAAGCUCAAAAGGGCCAAAUCAUGCCGACCUUGAUAUGUUUUGCGGUGGUUUCAACAGAAACAUAAGGAUCUGGAAUAAGUUUUGAUGUAAGAAGAUGUGAUGGAUGUCUAUUCCUUUAAGAUGAAUUUUAAUGGUGAAAUUUAACCGAACUAACAGUAAAUAGUACUUACUUUAAUGUGGAACGUUACCCAAUUAAUUGAAACCAAAUCUGAGUAAUCCUGAAAAGGGUGUAUAGUUGAAAAUAUAGACCAAAUAGUCUGUAAUCAUGGUCUUUUAUUUAAUCUAAUAUUAACUUCUAUCUUUAAACUACUUAUUUAUAUGGAAAAUGUACAUAUUUGGUGUCAAAUUUCUUAUGGUUAGAAAGAAAUAAGGAUAUUUCGGCUAACGGCGAAUUUGUCCUAUUUUUGUAAAUAUGUAAUUAUUUUCUUCAAGAAUAAAUCUCCACCUAGGAACAACCAACUUCAUUGUUCUGUAACUUUAUAACCAUAGGAAAUGAAAAAAUCAAUUGUAGAUAGACUAAAUAAAUUAUCACGUAGCAAUUUUUGACUUGUACGCUAAAUAUCACAAUAAAAUAAUUUGAUCUCAUA